CCGUCGCCAUCCUUGGAAAACCCAAAUUUGCGGCACAUUCGUGUUGUUUACUGGGCUAGUGACACCAAGGCAAUGCUCCAAGGAGGUUUACGAUUCUGAGCGCCUGCUGACAGCCUUGACAGAGAUACUUUUAACUGAAGGAGGAAGGCAUGCUGCCUUUAGUUGGAGCUGAGUUGACACCAGUGCAGCUCUAUAGACAUCUCCUCCGAUGUUGCAGGCAGUUACCUACCCCAGCAAUGCAGCAGCAUUAUCGACAUGCCAUAAGACAGGGUUACAUCAGUCAUUCCGAUGAAGACGACCAAGAGAGGAUACAAAUGAUAAUCCAAAGAGCUAUUGCAGAUGCAGACUGGAUUCUUGAUAAAUAUACCAAGAAGAAGUGAAGUUCAUAACCCAUGAAUACGUCCUCGGGUGUAGCAUUUUGCAGAGCUGCACCUGACAUGAAUCGUAGUGGUGGAUGCACCGUUUCUAUGUCUGACUUUUGAGUGCUCAUUGUGUUAUUUGUCCUCAUCAUUGUGGGGAUGUGAACAGCCAUGGUCAAGUCAAGUCAGCUUUAUUGUCAUAUGUGCUAUACGUGCAUGACAUACGGCACAAAUGAAAUUUCAGUCCUUUCGGACCCCCGGUGCAAAGCUACAUGUGAUGAGAGGAAGACCUCACGAGUCAUUGAUGAUAUACUAUACUGAAUGAUAUGACUGCUCAAUUGAAUAUAAUAUUCACUAUCACUAAAAGUGUAAAUACUGUUCUUAGAUUGAAAUGAGUUGACUAUAUACUGAAUUCAAUAAAUUAUUGUCAAUAUUUAUA